CCCCGCCCGAUCCCCGCGCGGACUCACGUCUGCCGGCUCGGCCGCCGUCUUCCGCGUCUCUGCCAGGCCCGGGGCGGGUCCGCGGCCGCGGCGGGAACAUGGAGGAGCUGCUGAGGCGCGAGCUGGGCUGCGGCUUCGUCAGGGCCACCGGCCACACGGGGGGCGGGUGCAUCAGCCAGGGCCGGAGCUACGACACGGACCGAGGACGAGUGUUCGUGAAAGUGAACCCCAAGGCGGAGGCCAGAAGAAUGUUUGAAGGUGAGAUGGCAAGUUUAACUGCCAUCCUGAAGACAAACACAGUGAAAGUGCCCAAGCCCAUCAAGGUUCUGGAUGCCCCAGGCGGUGGGAGCGUGCUGGUGAUGGAGCACGUGGACAUGAGGCAUCUGAGCAGUCAAGCAUCAAAACUUGGAGAGCAGAUGGCAGAUUUGCACCUUUACAACCAGAAACUCAGGGAGAAGUUGAAGGAGGAGGAGAACAGAGUGGGCCGAAGAGGUGAGGGUGCUGAGCCUCGGUAUGUGAACAAGUUCGGCUUCCACACGGUGACGUGCUGCGGCUUCAUCCCGCAGGUGAAUGAGUGGCAGGAUGACUGGCCCACCUUUUUCGCCCGGCACCGGCUCCAGGCGCAGCUGGACCUCAUUGAGAAGGACUAUGCUGACCGAGAGGCACGAGAACUCUGGUCCCGGCUACAGGUGAAGAUCCCGGAUCUGUUUUGUGGCUUAGAGAUUGUCCCCGCGUUGCUCCACGGGGAUCUCUGGUCGGGAAACGUGGCUGAGGACGACGUGGGGCCCAUUAUUUACGACCCGGCUUCCUUCUAUGGCCAUUCGGAGUUUGAACUGGCAAUCGCCUUGAUGUUUGGGGGGUUCCCCAGAUCCUUCUUCACCGCCUACCACCGGAAGAUCCCCAAGGCUCCGGGCUUCGACCAGCGGCUGCUGCUCUACCAGUUGUUCAACUACCUGAACCACUGGAACCACUUCGGGCGGGAGUACAGGAGCCCUUCGCUGGGCACCAUGCGGAGGCUGCUCAAGUAGCGGCCCCUGCCCCUGCUCAUGCCCCUGCCCCCCUUCCCCCUGCCCCUGUCCCCCCGUCUCCGACCCCCCGGUUCCGUCACCCCGUCCCUGCCCCCCGUCCCCGUCCCUUUGUCCCCGUCCCUCCCGACCCGCCCCCCUUCCCCCUGACCCCUCCCAGAUCCUGGGGACCAAUAAAGCCCGCAGCGGG